AUGGUGAGCGGUGACGUGGAGAGCCAGACGCCCCUCAUCGGGCAGCGCGGCCAGCUGGUGACCAAGGACAUCGAAGUGGACAUUCGCAGAGACUUCAUCCUCAAGGUAGGUUAGCCACGUGUCGAUAGAUGUCUCACAACAGCUGACUGAGCGUGACUUGCCUUGUCCUUGUUUGUGUCUCCUUGAUCAGGUGUAUGGGAUACUCGCCACGCAGAUCAUCCUCACCGUCCUCGUCGCGCUGCCCUUCGUACUCGUCGACGCCGUCCAGAGUGACAUGAGACAGAGAGACAGAGAGAGAGAGAGAGAGACAAGGACACCGUCUUGUCUGACUCGUCUGUGUGUCUGUGUGUGUGUCUCGGUGCAUGCAGCGUUUGUGCGCGACAACUCGGGCCUGAUUGGCUUUGUGACCAUCCUGAGUGUGUUCGGCUUCCUCAUAACCUUUUCGCUGAAGCCCGAAUCGAUCAAAACGCACCCCUACGGCCUACUCGUGAGCCGCGGGCAGCGAGACACACAACAAAGACAUUGCUCUCAUCUCUCUGUUGGUUGCAGACGCUGUUUGGCUUCACUGUCGUGGAGGGGGUCUUCAUCGGAACGCUGUGUGUGUUCCUGACGCCCUCGAGCGUGCUCUUCACCGUGGGUGUGUGUGUGGUGAUCGUCGGAUCGCUGACGGCCUGGGCGGUCUUCGCCAAAGCCGACUUCACAGGUACACACACGGCGACAUAUAUGUGACAUACACACCCAACCACACACACGCAAUGUCUUGUUGCAGGGUACGCGCCGUUCGUCUACGUGGCGGGGCUGGUGUUUGUGUUGUUCCUCAUCGCCGGCCUCCUCUUGAUGCCAUUCCUGCCUGGCGUACGCACAACUCAGACAAGACACAGAGGCCACACACAUGUGACUCGCUGCGUGUGUGUCUCUGUGUGCAGGUGUCGGUCUUCAACAUGGUCAUCUCAGCGUUGUUGGUGCUGUUCUUCUCGGCCUACCUGGUCAUCGACACGCAGGCCAUAUUGGGCGGCCAACACAAGUAUCAGUUCACAGUGGACGACUACGUCUUCGCCGCACUGGUGAGCCCCACCCCCAACACGCGCAGUGACACACACGGCAAUCAGUGUGUCGUUCGUUUUGUGUCGUGUUGGUCGUGUAGGCGAUUUACCUCGACAUCGUCAACAUGCUGAUCCAGCUGCUCUCAGCAUUCGGACAGCGCAAGUGAGAGCAAGGCCGACAAACAAGAGGGGACAAAGGAAGGACAGCCACACAAGACUGACUGACUGACUGACGACGUGUAAGAGAGAUCAACGGCUAACAGACUUCUCGACUGAUUGAUGGAUGCAUUCACAUUCAAGUCACUGAUGUGAU